AUGGAGAAGGGGCGCCUGUUUGAGAGAGGGGGAUGGGAUGCUGAUGGUGCUGGUGCUGGUGGUGCUGUUGGUGUUGCUGCGGCUGGUGAUGCUGCGGCUGUUGCUGCUGGUGCUGCUGAUGCUGGGGAGGAAGAGCUGGCGGGUUGGGGCCUACGCCAGUCUUGA